AUGACUACCUAUAUCUCUCAUCGACUGAUCUUCGCCUUACAGCAAGCCGAACACGAUCGGAUUGCGUUUGAAGAGCAAGUCAAGCGAGAAGAACUUCACGCCAAGCUCCUUCUUCUGCAACAAGAAUUGAACGAGUACGAGGACAACAUGUCCAGUUACGGUCAAAACGGCAAUGGCGGUGCCAAGCACGCUAGUCAAUACAACGCCGAUUCCGACUCCGACGAAGACUACGAGGAGCAGAUCAGGGUCCUCAAGGAAAAGAUCGCGCGCGCCGAGGCAGACAAGGCUUCGGAGGCCAAGCGAGCAAGGAAGGCUCAGCAAAAGGCCGAGCUCGCAAAAUUACAAGCGCACUUUGAAGGCAUAUCCACCGCCUCAAGCGCUGCUUCCGAGACACGCACCCACAAGGUCCUUCCGCCAGAGGAGGAACGAGUGACCCAGACUGGUUCCACCCACCGAGUCUACCCCGCCCCUGCUCCCGCCGCCGCGCCGCUCAACGUUGACCAAGGCUGGGACGAAGGAGCGACCACUGCCAACAACUCGUACAACUCCAACAACGGCUACAAUGCGUCGCAGCAGCCAAUCAAGACGGAGCGAAACGACAGGCAACCUCCUCCCCACCUCUCGAACGCGUCCGAGGCGCCUUCCUCCCCGGCCUUGGCCACCCCUGCUACUCCCGCCAGCGAGACCGCUGCGCCCAAGGGAGGGUACACCUAUGUGCCAUGGGAGCCAGUGAAGUACACCAACCCCGAGCUCAACGUCAAGAAGGAGGUCUCCCGCGAGGAAAUCCUCGGUGACUUUGGCACCAACAGGGAAGAGCGAACUCGGGAUGGCGACGGUGGUGCCGGCGCUGGCAGAGACAACGGCUACGGGAACCGUGCUCCCAAGCCCAGCGCCGACGAGAACGGCGGAGACAGCUGGGGCGCGCCUGCUGCUUCCGGCGGUGGCGAGGUCGCUGAGGGCUGGGGCAAUGCUACCGGUGGCGAUGGCGGCUAUGGCACCGGCGACGGUGGUUAUGGCUCAUACGGCGGUGGCGGUGGCGGUGGUGGUGGCGAUAGCGAAGGCUGCAAGAUCUGCCGCGCGACAGACCACUUUGCUCGGGAAUGCCCCAAGCAGAACCAGUGCCUGAACUGCGGUGAAGAAGGGCACAAGAGAAACGAGUGCGACAAAGGCGUCAAGUGCCGCCGAUGCGAGGGCUUUGGCCACAUGUCGUACGAAUGCACCGAGCCCCGUCAGGGCGGUGGCGGUGGUGGUGGCGGCGGGUUCGUCAGCACUUCGACCUGCUACAACUGUGGCGAGACUGGUCACUUCUCGCGCGAAUGCCCGAACCCCCAGGCUGAGCGCCGAGCUGGCGGUGGUGGUGGCGGUGGCGGAGCCUGCUACAAUUGUGGCGAGAGUGGACACUUGUCCCGAGACUGCGAAGCUCCCCGCGACCCGUCCAAGUUUACCGGCACCUGCGAUACCUGCGGAGAACGCGGACACAGGCGUCGAGACUGCCCGACCGGCGACGGUGGUGGCGUAGGUGGAGGCGGUGGCGGAGGCUACGGCGGUGGAUAUGGUGGCGGAGGCGGUGGUGGUGGCGGCGGGGGUGGAUAUGGCCAAUCGUUCGACCGUACUGCCGACAGCGGGUACGGAGCUCGCAAGACCGGCGGCAGCGCCCAGCCCUCCAACUCGGGCGGCAGCAACUGGGGCGAGCCGGCUGGCGGAGACGACAAGGCCAGCAGCAAUGGCAACGGCUGGACCGAGUCUGCUCCCGAACCCGCAAAGUCCUCGUCCAGCAACUCCGGAAACUGGGACGCUCCCGCACCGGCGGCACCUGCACCGGCACCGGUUGAGCUUGCCGCGCCCGUUGAGCCCGCCGCUGCCGACGGAGAGGAUGACGGAGGUUGGGGAGCCGACUACAGCAAGCCGUCCAGGUCGGCUCGUUCGGUCUCGUCCCGCGCCUCUGCGCCUCAGGAGGACCGCCCGGUCCCGAGGCCCGCGCCCCCACCCCAAACCGGUAUGGGCGGAUGGGGAACCACCGACGACUCCCGAAGCAAGACACCCACCCCCGGAGACUACUCCACCCCGGCUCCGGCCCCGGCUCCGGCCCCGGCUGCGUCCUCGGCCAAGCCCUUCAUCCACCCCUCGAGGCAGGUCCACGUUCCCGCCAACCUCACCGAGGUUCGUCGUCCUUCCGGCGUGCAGCAGCAGCGCGAGCCCGACAACGUUGUCGCUUCCAACUACGAUCGCCAGAACAGCGGCGGUGGUGGAAGGUACGCUGAGCAGAGCGAGAAGAGCUACAGCCGAUCGGUAUCUCAAGUCUCUGAACCUGUCCGUGCGCCCAGCCCGCCUCCUGCCCCUGCGCCAGUCAAGAAGGCGUCCGCUCCAGAACCUGCGCCUGCGGCUGACGAGGACGACGAGUUCGGAGGCUGGUAG